AAAACGAGAGGGCUAAAAAGAACGGAGGGCUGUGGACACGUGGCGUACGUCUGAGGCUCCGUCGGACCACGCACUCUGCAAUUCUAUUGGUCGCAAUUGCGUGGCCAAGGUUCAUGUUCAUUCAUGCAUGAGUCCACAAGAACAGCAUUGUAAUGAAGAUUCAAUGUGAUGUCUGUGGCAGUGAAGAAGCGUCGGUUUUUUGCACCGCGGACGAGGCCGCCCUUUGCCGGAGCUGCGACGAUCGGGUCCACGGCGCCAACAAGCUCGCCGGAAAGCACCCACGCUUCUCCCUUCUUAAUCCCCAAAUUAAAGACGACUCACAACUUUGUGACAUUUGCCAGGAAAGACGAGCAUUAAUGUUUUGUCAAGAAGACAGGGCGAUGUUUUGCAGAGAAUGUGAUGUUCCAAUCCAUAGAGUGAAUGAACUUACAAGAAAGCACAACAGGUUCCUCCUCACCGGAAUCAAGCUUUCCACGGAGGCGCCGCCGUCGUCGUGCCAAGUUGCUUCAGCUUCAGCUUCAGCCUCCUGUUCAAGCAGCAGAUCACGAAUAAUAAUGUCACACUCUGAAACAGAGACCCCAACCUCAGCCUCCAUGGACGUUGCUCCUGAUCCUCCCACGGCAAAUUGUUAUAGUAAUACUUGGAGAGAUGACAACAACACUCAAUCUGGUUUAGAUCAUUCAACCAGCACAAUAUCAGAAUAUUUUAUGGAUGAAAAAUUGCCUGGCUGGCAUUUCGAAGACUUCUUGGAUCCUUCUGAUCAUGAUUAUGGUUUCUGUAAGAUUGAGAAGCAGAUGCCAGUUUUCAUGGAGGAAGAAGAAUAUGGGGACUCUUUGAAUUCCUUAUAUAUAUAUAUAUAUAUAUAUAUAUGUAUACCAGCUUAAAUAAAUUUGCAAUUUUUAUAUCGUUUAUGUAUGGUUGCUAUGUGCUUUUGAUGAUUUGUUAUGUUGAACCAUAAUACUAAGAAA